AGCUAAUCAUUCGUUUUCUUUUAACUAUGCUUUAGCUAAUCAUUCGUUUUUAUUUAACUAUGCUUUAGCUAAUCAUUCGAUGCUUUAACUAUGCUUUAGCUAAUCAACCAUUUUCCUAUGUAUUUCCUUUGCAUUUUCUCUGUUUAAAAGUAGUUGCUAAUGUUUAGCACUAGUUGAACCACUUUUUAUUUGACAAUUUAUGACCGGAGAGCAAACCAUUUGUUGCUUGUCUGUUUUGUAUAAAUAUGUCAAUUUUUUUUUUCUAUGUAGCAUUUACCACUAACAUAAUAUAGGAAGAUAAUUUUAAAUAUUGAAAGAUUCUUUGUAAUUAAAAAAACUAAACAUGGCACUUAAAAAAAUACAAUCAUUUCAAUAGAUUAAACAUGGUAUUGCCAGUAUUUAAGACAAGGUCGAGUGUUGAUAUCUAGAUAUCAGGUUCCUGUUGAUUAGUUAAAACGAUUGAUUCAAUAUGUGGAGGCUGAGGAUUGGCGCUAAAGCGGUAGAUGAGACUCACUUGUUCACCACAAACAACUACACCGGAAGGCAAACUUGGGAAUUUGAUGCUGGUGCAUGCUCCCUUGAGGAACUCGCUGAGGUUGAUGAAGCUCGUAGGAAUUUCCUCGUAACUCGAUCGCGUUUCAAGACCAGUGCUGAUCUCCUGUGGCGAAUGCAGUUUCUGAGGGAAAAUAAGUUCGAGCAGAAGAUUCCACGAGUGGAAAUAGGGAACCCCGAGAAUAUAACGUACAAAGAUGCGAAGACGGCACUGAGAAGAGGGAUACUCUAUCUCACGGCAUUGCAAGCCGAGGAUGGACAUUGGCCAUCUGAACAUUCUGGUUGCUUGUUCUUCGAAGCUCCCUUUGUCAUAUGCUUGUACAUCACUGGACAUCUGGAAAAAACCCUGACCACGGAGCAUCGCAAAGAGUUAUUGCGCUACAUGUACAACCAUCAGAAUGAAGAUGGUGGGUGGGGAUUACACGUAGAAGGCCGUAGCGCUAUGUUCUGUACAGUUAUCAACUAUAUCUGCCUACGGAUUUUGGGAGUAGAACCAGAUUAUAACGAUGAAAAAGGAGUUAGUUGUGCAAGGGCUCGUAAAUGGAUCAAUGAUCAUGGUGGUGCUACGUAUACGCCCUUGAUCGGAAAAGCUUGGCUAUCGGUCCUUGGAGUGUAUGAUUGGUCCGGUUGCAAACCUAUACCGCCUGAAGUGUGGAUGCUCCCUUCUUGUUCACCAUUUAACGGAGGUUCUCUUUGGAUAUAUCUCCGGGAUAUUUUCAUGGGGGUAUCAUACUUGUAUGGUAAAAAGUUUGUGGCUACACCAACACAUCUCACCCGACAACUUCGAGAAGAGCUUUACCCUGAACCUUACGACAAAAUCAUCUGGAGCCAAGCUCGUAAUCGGUGUGCAAAGGAAGAUCUGUACUAUCCGCAGUCAAUUUUACAAGAACUGUUUUGGAAAAGUGUUCAUAUCAUGUCAGAGAAUAUCAUAGGUCGAUGGCCUUUUAACAAGCUCAUCAGGAAAAGGGCUCUUGGAACAACAAUGGAACUCCUUCAUUAUCAAGAUGAAGCCAGCCGAUAUAUCACAGGUGGAUGUGUGCCGAAGCCGUUUCAUAUGCUUGCUUGUUGGGUAGAAGACCCAGAAAGUGAUUAUUUCAAAAAACAUCUUGCUCGAAUGCCCGAUUACAUAUGGAUUGGUGAAGAUGGUUUAAAAAUCCAGUCUUUUGGUAGCCAACUGUGGGAUACAACACUCUCACUCCAAGUCAUCGUAGCUUCUCAUGAUGUCGAUGAUGAUGAUGAAAUCAUUAGAUCAACGUUCAUUAAAGGAUACGAUUACCUGAAAAAAUCUCAGCUUACACAAAAUCCCCCCGGUGAUCAUAGGAAAAUGUUCAGAGACCUUGCAAAAGGAGGAUGGACAUUUUCGGACCAAGACCAAGGAUGGCCUGUUUCGGAUUGUACUGCUGAGAGUUUAGAGUGCUGUCUUGUCUUUGGAAGCAUGCCCUCGGAGUAUAUUGGUGAAAAAAUGGACUUAGAGAGGCUCUAUGAUGCUGUUAAUUUGCUUCUCUAUUUUCAGAGCAAAAAUGGAGGCAUAACAGGGUGGGAGCCAGCCCGUGGGAGUAACUGGCUAGAAUGGCUCAGUCCGGUGGAGUUUAUGGAAGACACAAUCGUCGAGCAUGAGUAUGUUGAAUGUACGGGUUCAGCCAUAGUAGUGUUGGCUAGGUUCUUGAAACAGUUUCCGGAUCACAGAAGAGAAGAGGUCGAAAAGUUUAUCAAGAACGGUGUGAAAUACAUAGAAAGCUUUCAAAGGCCGGAUGGUUCGUGGUACGGAAACUGGGGUGUAUGUUUCACGUAUGGAACUUUUUUCGCGGUAAGAGGUCUAGCGGCUGCAGGCAAGACUUACCAUAACGGUGAUGCUAUCCGUAGAGGUAGAGCAGCUAAUUUUCUUAUAGAGACACAAAACAGUGAAGGUGGUUGGGGAGAGAGUUACCUUUCUUGCCCUAACAAGGAAUACACUCCUUUGGAAGGAAACAAGACCAAUUUGGUUAAUACAGGACUAGCAAUGAUGAGUCUAAUUAUGGCUGGUCAGAUGGAGAGAGACCCUUUGCCUGUUCAUCGGGCAGCUAAAGUGUUGAUCAAUUCACAGUUGGAUGAUGGCGGUUUCCCGCAAGAGGAAAUAAUGGGAGUGUUCAAGAUGAAUGUGAUGAUCAAUUAUUCAAACUAUAGGAACAUUUUCCCUCUUUGGGCACUUGCAUAUUACACAAAGGCUAUGCGUCUGCUCCUGUGAGGUGACUUGCAUGGAAAGCUUAUUAUAUGCAAAAAAAAUACUCCCUUUGCUGCCGCAGUUUCUGUAAUGAUGACAUGGAAUUUAUCAGUUAAUGCUUUGUUUUUCUUGUUUUGUGUUCUUUGUACUUCUUUAUGGUGUAAUUCAAAUCAACUUUAGUGUAAACAAACAUCUUUCCAAUAUAAGAAGGUUGCUUGGA